CUAAGUUCGAUGCGCUCGGCUCUGGGCCCUGCCGUGAGUUCUCGGUGCGGGCGACAGCAGCGCUGCUGAACAUGGCGUCAGACGGGAUGAUUUUAACGAACCAUGACCACCAAAUCCGGGUCGGAGUCCUGACAGGUAAACGCCGAAAACCGAACCCUUUCACCGUUUCCUCUCCUCGCUCGUCCAUUUCGCUCAUGUCUCCGUGGAUUAAUCUCCUCACCGGAUCUUCUUACAUGUCGGCUGGAUGUUGCGUGGCGGCGGCAGCAGCAGCAGCAGCAGCGGCAGCAGCAUCUCUCCGGGUUUUUUUAUUUUUAUUUUUUUUUUACCCUGCAGCCUCUUGAAGGCGACGCGGCUCUAAAGCGCAUCUCAUCUCACCGUGAGCGACAGCUGUUUUCGGAAUCUUGCAGAAGACCGCAGUGGCGUCAACCUGAAAGAUCUCGUACACGAUCCCUCCCUGUUGGGGGGUAUGAUCACAGCCUAUAAGAUCGUCCCGGAUGAGAUCGAUGAAAUCAAGGAGACGCUGGUGGACUGGUGCGACGAAAAGGAACUCAACCUCAUCCUAACCACCGGGGGCACCGGAUUUGCACCGAGAGACGUCACGCCAGAGGCCACUAAGGAGGUGAUAGAGCGGGAGGCUCCAGGGAUGUCGCUGGCGAUGCUGAUGGGAUCCCUCAACGUCACACCACUAGGAAUGCUGUCCAGACCUGUGUGUGGAAUCAGAGGGAAGACGCUCAUCAUCAACUUACCAGGAAGCAAGAAAGGCUCCCAGGAGUGCUUCCAGUUCAUCCUCCCUGCGCUGCCACACGCCAUUGACCUCCUGCGGGAUGCGGUGGUGAAGGUAAAGGAGGUGGUAGACGAGCUGGAGGACCUUCCGUCACCACCGCCGCCCCUCUCGCCGCCACCGAACAGCUCGCCACGCCGCCAGACGGAGGACAAGGGCGUACAAUGUGAGGAGGAAGACGAAGAGAAGAAGGACAGCGGCGUGGCGUCCACCGAGGACAGCUCCUCCUCCCACAUCACUGCUGCAUCCAUCGCUGCCAAGAUCCCAGACUCCAUAAUCUCGCGGGGUGUACAGGUAUUGCCCCGAGACACAGCCUCCCUCAGCACCACGCCCUCGGAGUCGCCCCGCGCCCAGGCCACGUCCCGCCUCUCGACGGCGUCCUGUCCAACUCCCAAAGCGCGGCUCCCCUCCUGUUCCUCCACCCUAAGCAUUGCUGAGGCCUCACGGAGAGAAUUCAGGGCUCACCUGGAUGAGGUCAUCACGCUCAAGUCAAGGUACUCUACCUUGGACCAGCUCCAGUGUAGGUUGGAGGGGCUUAAAGAUGAUCGCAGGAGGACCUUCAGCUCUCGAGUGCAGUCACGAUGCAGCAGCAAAGAAAAUAUCCUAAGAUCAAGUCACAGUGCAGUGGACAUCACCAAGGUGGCCCGAAGACACCGCAUGUCCCCGUUCCCCCUCACCUCCAUGGACAAGGCCUUCAUCACUGUGCUGGAGAUGACCGCCGUCCUGGGCACCGAGAUCAUUAACUACAGAGAUGGGAUGGGUCGAGUCCUGGCUCAGGACGUUUAUGCCAAAGACAACCUGCCACCCUUUCCUGCCUCUGUAAAGGACGGUUACGCUGUGAGAGCGGCUGACGGCCCGGGCGACCGCUUCAUCAUCGGAGAAUCCCAGGCUGGAGAGCAGCCCACUCACACAGUGAUGCCUGGUCAGGUGAUGAGGGUGACGACGGGUGCUCCCAUCCCCUGUGGGGCUGACGCUGUAGUGCAGGUGGAGGACACCGAGCUCCUCCGUGAGUCUGAAGACGGCACAGAGGAGCUGGAGGUACGAAUCCUAGUACAGGCUCGUCCAGGACAGGACAUCAGGCCCAUUGGUCACGACAUCAAACGUGGGGAGUGCGUGCUGGCUAAGGGCACCCACAUGGGUCCCUCUGAAAUUGGUCUCCUGGCCACAGUUGGAGUCACAGAGGUGGAGGUCCAGAAAUUCCCUGUGGUCGCCGUCAUGUCCACAGGAAAUGAGCUGCUUAACCCAGAAGACGACCUCCAUCCUGGGAAGAUCAGGGACAGCAAUCGCUCCACCUUGCUGGCCACCAUCCAGGAGCACGGUUACCCUACCAUCAACCUGGGCAUCGUGGGAGACAACCCCGAUGACCUGCUCAACGCUCUGAAUGAAGGCAUCAGCCGUGCUGACGUCAUCAUCACCUCAGGAGGUGUGUCCAUGGGAGAGAAGGACUACCUGAAGCAGGUGAUGGACAUCGACCUUCACGCUCAGAUCCACUUUGGUCGUGUCUUCAUGAAACCAGGUCUCCCAACAACAUUCGCCACCUUGGACAUAGACGGUGCUCGCAAACUAAUCUUUGCCCUCCCAGGUAGAAACCCCGUGUCCGCUGUUGUCACCUGCAAUCUUUUCGUCAUCCCUGCCUUAAGGAAGAUGCAGGGCAUUUUGGACCCUAGGCCUACCAUCAUCAAAGCGAGGUUGUCUUGUGAUGUGAAGUUGGACCCUCGCCCUGAAUACCACCGCUGCAUUCUGACAUGGCAUCACCAGGAACCUCUGCCGUGGGCACAGAGCACAGGGAACCAGGUGAGCAGCAGGCUGAUGAGUAUGCGCAGUGCGAACGGGCUCCUGAUGCUACCUCCCAAAACAGAGCAAUACGUGGAGCUGCACAAGGGCGAGGUGGUCGAUGUCAUGGUCAUCGGCCGGCUAUGAUGUAAUCACAGGGGGACGCAGAGGUGGCGUCAUAUAGCGCGGGUCGGAAUGGGUGGUUCACGGUGCAUGUCCACAUAUCAUUGACUAUUCUGUAAUAUGCAACGGCACAGCUAGUUUUUAUUGAUUUGGAUAACGUUGAGGUAUAGUCAACAUCUUGAUCACAACCUAGGUACAUAUGAGAAAAAUUAAUUUAAAAAGAUUAUAGUAUUUCAAACAAAGAAAAUAUAACUUUUAAUGAAAAAAACAAAUUAUAAAAAGAGAUUUAUUCUGUAAUAUAUUAUUAUGAUUAUUCUUAUUAUUAUUAUCAUUAUUCUUCUUAUUAUCAUUAUUAUAUUAAGGCAACUUUGUUCCUUUCAUUGCAAUUGCUUUGUGUGUUCAAUGCUAGACCUUAUCUAUAGCAGUAGCAUUUUAAUAGACAGAUGUAGGUGCCUGCCAGGACAAAAAAAGACAAUUAUUAUUUUCUCAUCUUUAGUGGAAAAAAAUAAUCUGCUUUUUUGAAAAAUGAAGACAAAAACACUGAGGAAGACUCCAGAUUUCCCAUGGUGCUCAGCUGGGAGGAAGAAGCACUUCCUCUUUUGAGCAGCCACCGAGGUGACGCUUCUGUUUUUCUCUCAUUAGUAUGCAUCAUAAUGGCUUCACAAAGAGCUUUGCUUGUUGUUUAUCUUGUGAGUCUUGUUUAUGUGCGCAGUGCCAAAUGCCUGGGCAGGGAAAGGUGAUGUUGGGAGAGCCAGAUGGGGGGGAGGGGGGGGACAUGCCCCAGUCAGCCCAGACCCUGAAGCUUCCUUAUAUUUACCGUUACCGGGUGUAAACUCUGCCCCAAGCCCUCCCCCCAGGGGCGAGCCAAACCUGGGGAAAAUAAUCUUUUAUUUGAUCAACUAUUUAAGAGGUAAUUUAAAAAAAACACACACAGAGAAAAGAAGCAGCUUCUUUAAGUGCUGACAGCCUUUUUAACCAACUUCACAAAAAAUGUACAGAAAAAAAAAAAACCAAGAACCAUAUUGUACAGAUAUAUGUGACCAGCACUCCUAAGGAAAUUAUUAAGCAAUGAGGAGACAUUGAACAACGCUGUACUAUAACAUUUUCUGUAAUGAUAUGAAACUGAUGAAAGAGACUAAGAUAAUAAAAAUCCUUGAUGAUUAUGUAAAAAAAAA